AUGGGCUUGGAUCCUAUGAACCAAGCUAUAGCGAAGAAUGCAGCUGACAGAUCUUUUAUGGACAAAUCAUUCGCAAGGGUCAUACAAAUACUUGACAAAAUGGAAAAACAUAAUCAAGCUUGGCACUCUGAGGAUACCACAGGCCAAAUUGCAUAUGGUUCUCCUUCCUUAACCAACCUGAUUAAGGAAAAUCAAGAGAGAGACCAAAUAAUCGCAGGGCUUGCCACAAAUGUCAAUGUGUUGACAAAAAUGUUCACGGAAAGCCAAACAAAAAAGGUGAAUGUGGUGGAGGAUGUGCAACCCACAUCAAAUGAAGAUUUUGAGGAAGCAAACUACAUCAACAACCCUCAAGGAGGGUAUCAAAGGCAACAAAACCAAGGUUCAACAAGUGAUUCCAAGUUGGAAAACAUGCUUGAACGGGUAUUACAAAAUCAAGAAAAAUCCGACACUUCUACGAGGAACAUGACCGAGCUCGUUGGCUCUCAUACCGCAUCCAUUCAAAAAUUGGAAAUGCAAAUGAGAGAUCUCUCAAGGGAACAAAAUCCAAAGCAAAAAGGGACACUUCCAAGUGACACAAUUGCGAACCCAAAGGGUAGUGGGAGUGGUCCAACUUCUCAUAUCAUGGCAAUUAGUACUCGGAGUGGGAAGGUAAUACAAGGAGAGGGUGAACAAGUGGUUGAAGUAAAAGAGUCCGAACAAGGGGUUGAGGUUGAAGAGCCAAGUGUUGUCGAAGUUGAAAAGAUUCCGGAAGAUUUGCAAGUGCAAAAAGAGAACCGGGAAGAGGUAAAGGAAAAGGUAAAAGAGACACCAAAAACUCUUCCACCUAUUCCUAGACCUCCUCCCCCAUUCCCUCAAAGACUCGCUAGGAAGAUGCCGGGUUUUGCUAAGUAUUUGAAAGAUUUGAUCACCAAGAAGAAGACUACCAAAAAUGAAGUGGUGAAUGUGACUCAUCGGGUUAGUUCCAUCAUUGCAACAUCCACCGUUCAAAUGAAAGAAGACCCGGGAGCUUUCACCAUUCCUUGUACCAUUGGAGCACAUGAUUUUGCAAGAGCCCUUUGUGAUAAUGGGGCUAGCAUCAACUUGAUGCCUCUUGCCAUUUACAAGGAAGCAGGAUUAGGUAUGCCAAGGCCCACAAGUAUGAGAUUGCAAAUGGCCGAUCGUUCCAUCAAACGACCGGUGGGAAUUGUUGAUGAUGUGCUUGUGAAGGUGGGAAAAUUUCAUUUACCUGCCGACUUCGUAAUCCUUGAUUGUGCGGUUGACAAAGAGAUCCCUAUCAUCUUGGGAAGACCAUUCCUUGCCACUGGAAGAGCACUAAUGGAUUCGGAACGGAAUGAGAUCAAAUUCCGUGUGAAUGAUGAAGAGGUUACAUUCCAAGCAAGCAAGGGUAUGAAACUACCGCAUGAGUAUGAAAGCAUCUCGGUGAUCGAUGUUGUUGAUGAAGUAGAGGAUGCGGUUGAAAUGAAAAUGGAAGAACAAUGCCUCGGCGAGGCAUUGGCGGCUAUUUUGGUGAACUUUGAUGGUGAAGAUAUGGAGGGGUAUAUGGAAUCGGUAAAUGCAUUGGAGGGGCUUGGGUCCUACACUUAUGCUCCGGCAAAGCUCUCUCUCGACUUGGAGAAUAGAGCCACUCCACCCGCAAAGCCUUCUAUUAUCGAACCUCGGCAACUAGAGCUAAAACCACUUCCACCACACUUGACGUAUAGAUUUCUUGGCUCAAAUGAUACUUUUACCGGUAAUUGUUCCUUCUUUGUUGAAUGA